UAGGGCGACAAUACUACCUUCCUGCCAAACUCACAUGCGCGACCUCGUAUAAGGCCUUGGCAUGUCACUAAAUUCAACUUCAGCUUUCCUCUCAGUCUUCUGGGCCCCCUUUAUAUAAUUACCUAUAGGUAUGCUCUCACAGCUGAGACUCCUGUCUAGAAGUCUAUUGGAAAUUAUCGAUGCAAUAUAGCUCCUCAAGAUGAAUACAUCGCUUGCUUCGAUCCUUGUCUAUGCCGCCGCCGUCCUAGCGUGUGAACUUCCUACAGAUGUACUACCGAACAACAUCACCGAAAGCUUUUCUCUCCAGAUACAGAAUGCCUCAUUUCCAGACAUUCAUAAUCACUUUCUAAAUAUUUGGGACUGGGGCGGCGGUGAUCAACACCUUUUCGUCAGUCCUGCGGGAAACUCUACGAGCGAGCUUACGCUCGUCGAUGGUGUGAUUACAUUGCCAUGGGAUCCAAUCCGACGUGUAGUCAUUAAUGGAGAAUACGAGGUGAAGGAUAACACGACCAAGAUGUUCAUGACUGAACGCGGCGAUCCGCGCGCUAUCUUCGAUGUUGUAUAUGGCUGUAACCCUGACACAGAUGCCUUGCAGACACAGCUGGCCUUCAAGUCUCGAGGAGAUGAGGAAGUCGGAGGAAACGUUGGUGUUCGUCCGUUCAACGGCAUGUAUGAUUUUCGAUGGACGCCAGAAGGGAAUACUGCUUAUGAUCCUGAUCGGCCGUGGACAAGAGUGACCUUGGUUGUGGUUUACCCCUGAGCCAAGUAGCCUGUGUCUCUUGAAGGUUUUCUCGGUUUAGUUAGGUUCAACACUCAUGAGAGACGACAUCAUCUAAAAUGAUUGUAUUAUCAAAU